AUCAACGGCGUAUCCUAUAUAAGGACCGAGAGCCCGCAUGCGCGUGGGGACGGCUGGCUUUUUUUUUUACUGGGGUAAGGAUGUCGCGGUAUGGCCGUUAUGGUGGAGAAACCAAAGUAUAUGUUGGUAAUCUAGGAACUGGUGCUGGUAAAGGAGAACUUGAGAGAGCAUUCAGCUACUACGGACCAUUGCGUACAGUAUGGAUUGCACGAAAUCCUCCAGGAUUUGCAUUUGUUGAAUUUGAAGACCCAAGGGAUGCUGAAGAUGCAGUUCGUGGUCUAGAUGGAAAGGUGAUCUGCGGGUCUAGGGUUAGAGUGGAGCUGUCAACUGGUAUGCCUCGUCGGUCUCGCUAUGACAGGCCCCCAGCACGGCGGCCAUUUGAUCCUAAUGAUAGAUGUUAUGAAUGUGGCGAAAAAGGUCAUUAUGCUUAUGACUGUCAUCGCUACAGUCGUCGGAGAAGAAGCAGGUCACGGUCCCGAUCUCAUUCAAGAUCCAGAGGAAGGAGAUAUUCUCGCUCACGCAGCCGUAGUCGUGGCAGGAGAUCCAGGUCUAUCUCAGCUCGGAGAUCCAGAUCACUCUCUCCUCGGAGAUCCAGAUCUAUCUCGCCACGCAGAUCCCGUUCAGGUUCUUUAAAGAGAUCAAGGUCUCGUUCCAGAUCAAGAUCCAGGUCCAUUUCACGACCCAGAAGCAGCCGCUCCAAAUCAAGAUCACCAUCUUUAAAGAGAAGUUUUGAUAUGAGCCAUUUAUAUCCAUUCUCCAUUAACUCAGGUCGUUCACCAUCAGGAAGUCCUCGAAGGAGCGUGAGUCCUGAAAGGCUGGAUUAGAAUUGCAAAGAGCAUGUUAGGAAGAAUUUUGUUUACGUUAUUUUAAGGGAUUUCUUUGGUGUUAUUGACAAAUGUAAAGAUUAGUUGUUUGAAAACCUUUUCUAGGACUAAUGCAGUAAGGAUCUUGGAUCUUCUAGUAAAAUCUGUAAAAGCUGCUACAGUAGACUAUAGUGCACAAUUUCCUGUAUGUAAUAACAUCUUGUGAUCUGAAAAGUGGGUCUUUUUAUGGGCACAUGAAAUAAAAUGUGUAUUUCUAA